AUGUCGCCCCCGGCCCCGAGGGCUGCAGCCCCCAGGGCACCAGGGUCCAGCCCCACCGUCCCAGCCCCUGGUCCCGGGCUCACGGUAGUGGCACAUUCAUCCACAUCAAGCUGCCAGGGCCACCUGCUGCACUCAGCCACCGCUGCUCUCCCUGCAGAUGACCAGAGCCUUCCAGCCAACGCCAGCUGCACCGUCCUGCAGCUGGUCUCCUACGUAAGGAGGAUGGUGGGGGUCCCCGACACUGCUUUUCCAAACAUCAUCCACCUGUGUGACAAGCUGGGCAUCCCCAAGCUGCUCUUCCAGGUGACCAGCCUGAGCGAAAGGGCCAGCGAGUUCCUCCAGGCAUGUGGCACCUACUAUAUGUGCAGGGUGGAGUUCGGGGCACCUGGGACUGAGGAGGAGCACACAUGCUGGUCCUUCACACUCCUCCUGGAGCAUCCCAGCCCAGCACUGACAGGUGGGCGAGGGGAUGGGGAGCAGCCAGGUGGGCGGGCACAGGCGUGGGGGCCUGGCGCUGGGGCUGGGGGCUACCAGACCAGUGCCGCGGAGAUGCUGGAGGAGAGGAGGACGCCUGACAUGGAGGCACUGCCCUCCACGGCGCGAGGCCAAGGAGCGGUAAGGGGCUGCCAGUGGUCCCCAGGGCAGCCAGUGUGGCCUUGCCCAACUUCACCAAGGCCACCUCUGCCCUGGGGAUGGGGGGACACUGUCGGCCACAGGCCAGCCCUGCCCAGGGACCUUCCCAUCCCUGCAGCCUCCAGCACCUUGUGGGCACAUGGCUCGCGGCAGGAGCUGCCCGGUCCCUGCGCCCACUGUCCCCACAUCAUCACCCUUACGGCCUGCCUCCCUGUCCCCACGGCCUGUCACCCUCGUGCCGCGCUGCCCUGUCCUCCACCACCCUCAAGCUCCGUCCCCCUGCCCCACCAUCCCCGUGACCACAUCCUCAUGCCCCGUUGUCCCCACGCCCCCCCCCCCCGCUCCCAGCGCCAUGCCUCUCCACGCAGGGGAAGGCCCAGGCAGAGCGAGGAUGGAGGGGACCCGGCGCAAGGCAGCUUCACCCUCCGGAGCGCGGCCGGGGCCGGGCCAGCAGGACAGGCAGCACUGAGGCUCUGUAAAGACUGGGGCCGUCCCCGCCACCCGCUUCCCGGGGCUACGGCCGCCACCGGGGACGGGCAUGGCCCGUCCGGGACAGGCCUUCCGCCCGGCGCCGCAGCGCCCCCCAGCGGCGGGCAGAUCCGGCCCCGCCCCCUGCCGGGGUAG